ACCACGCCCAACUUGUUUGUAUCAAAACAUACACUGAAUCAGUGGGCGUGUGACAAUUUUGCUCUCUCCCUGAGAUAUUCCUUCUCUUAUGGCGACUCCUCUGGGUAAGUCAGCAGACCCCGAGGUACUCUUUACUCGACUGGAAAAGAUUGGGAAAGGAUCUUUUGGUGAAGUAUUUAAAGGUAUCGAUAAUCAAAAUAAAGAGGUCCUUGCUUUUAAGAUCAUUGACUUGGAAGAAGCUGAAGAUGAGAUUGAGGACAUACAGCAAGAGAUUACCAUCCUUUCUCAGUGUGACAGUGCCCACGUAACGAGAUACUAUGGAUCCUAUUUAAAGGUACUGCUCUUACAUGCUGAUGUAUGGUCCCUAGGUAUCACAGCUAUUGAACUAGCACAGGGCCAGCCUCCUCAUGCUGAUCUUCAUCCAAUGAGAGUUUUAUUCCUAAUACCAAAAUCAAACCCGCCAGAGCUCCUCGGGAAUUAUUCUAAAAGUUUUAAAGAGUUCAUCGCCCUCUGCUUGAAUAAAGACCCCAAAAACAGACCCAGUGCUCGUGAUUUGUUACGUCACAAGUUCAUAAAACACGCUAAGAAGACCUCCUGUCUGGUUGACCUGAUCGACCGGUACAAGAGGUGGAAGGCAUCAGGAGAGAACAGCGACUCUGACUCUGAAGACACCAGCAGAUCAAAGGUACACAGAGGUGAUGAUGAUACCACUGAUCCUCCUGAUUGGAAGUUUGAUACAGUAAGAGAGACCUCAACUUCAGAGGCUCCUAGGCUCUUCAAUAAAGAGGAGACCAGCCCAGUUCCAGUACCAGUACCAACUCCUCCUGCUCCUGUUAGUAAUGGACCUAUUAAUGGAUUAUCAACCAAUCUCACUAGCAACGAUGAUGAAAGAGUAUCAGAUCCUGACAGUAGACUCAGUGACCAGUCAAUGGAAGGAGUAGAACCAGUCAGACCAGUUGAACCAGUUAUACCAGUUAUUGACCGGAUCAUUCACCCUGUCAUGAACAGAUUAAAAUCUGAAGCGUUUGAAGGAGGAGGAUCUGGUAAUAGUCCAGAGAGAGAAGUGCCCUCACCUGACAGACGGAGUAACCUGGCCAUUGAAGAACUGGAGAGAGCCUUUGAACUACUGGAGUCAUCUAAUCCUGGGUUUAGUGAAAUAUUUAUUAAGUGUCUAGUAACACAACUUCAAAGAAGGUCAAUGUGAGCCACUGUCUUGUAAACUGAAAUAUUAUUAUUAUCAUUAAUAUUAUUAUUAUUGUUGUUGUCAGUACACAUUAUUAUUAUUAUUAUUAUUAUUAUUAUACAGAGAAGAAGAGGAAACUGCAUACAUUUUGUUAUGUUGGAAUGUUCAGCAAUUUUCUCACAUUUUACAGCUCAUGCCAAUUUUUGUAAAGUUCCGUAUUAUUAUUAUUAUUAUUAUUAUUAUUAUUAUUAAUUACUACUCUUACUUUCAUUUUUGUAUUAAAGAAGUGUAAUGUUAAUAACUUUGAGUUAAA